AUGCGGAGGCUGUGCAGCAGCUAUACGGAGGCUGUGCAGGGCUCGUGCAGGGGCUGUCGGCAGUCUGUCGGCAGAUGUCGUAGGGGUGUCGGCAGAUGUGUGCAGGACUGUCGACAGCUAUCGGCAGAUGUGUGCGGGACUGUCGGCAGCUAUCGGCAGGUGUGUGCGGGGCUGUCGGCAGCUUCUCGGCAGGUCUCGCAGACGCUUCGGCAGGUGCUCGGCAGGGCUCACAGACGCUUCGGCAGCUACACGGUAGAUGCGCACAGGCUCUCGGAAGCUCUCUGCAGGGGCUCGGCAGGUGCAGAGACCGGUCCGAUUUUUCCGACGGCCGGUUCAGGGGUUUUCCAGCCGGUUCCGGUGGUUCCGCCGCCGGUUCUGGGCUCCUUGGGAUUAGGGCUUCGUUGUGUGGGGCAGUGGUUGCAGGAUUUUGAGGGCUACGAAAUUAGGUUUGGUCUUGAACUAAAUGUCACCACCUUCACCACCCUAAUCAUCGGCUUUUUUAUUCAGAAUAAAGUAGCUGAAGCAGCAGCAAUUUUCAGCAAAAUGGUGGAGGCAGGUAUUCAGCCCAAUGUGGUCACUUUCGGCACAUUGAUAAAGGGCCUGUGUAUCAAGGGUAACAAUGUUGCAGCUAUUCAAUUACUCAGAAAGAUGGAACAAGGACAUUGUAAGCCUAAUGUAGUUGUCUAUAACACCAUCAUUGACAGUCUUUUUAAGGAUGCAAGGACGCGUUGA